AUGCAGUCUGCCAGGGGCGACGAGUCGUCUAGCGAGAGGAAAGGGGGUGAGAUAGACCAGGUUGAAGAGCGAUAUGAGAAGAAACCUACCUUUGGAGGAAAGGUAAAGAAUCAUUACAAGAGGUUCUGGUGGGCACAUCUUAUCGCCUUCUGCGCUGGGUUUUUAAUAGUAUCAUUAUGCCUUGUCUACGUGGCAAUGCCUAAGAUUGCCCAGAAGGGCAUCGACGAUGCGACUCUCAGCUACACCAGCCUCAAGUUCAUGAAGCCAUCGUUAGAUUCCCUUACUCUCUCGGUCGAUGCUUUGCAGCACAGCGACAGCCAGUUCACGCCGACGCUGGACGCGUUCAACGUCAGCAUGCACCUCGUGACUGAUGGGAUUACGUCGGAGAAGGUGAUCACACAGAUCGGGAUGCCCCAAAUCCAUGCCCAUCACCCCGAUACCAACAUCGUCAUCACAGACCAGAAAGCGACGAUUGUCGAUAUGGACCAGGUCACUGCCUUCGCCAAGCAGGUCUUGGUUCAGGAGAGCAUCGAAGUGAGAAUGGAGGGCAAGACCAAGCUACACCUCGGCGCUUUACCCGUUAACAGUGUCAACUACAACUCUUCCAUUACAUUCAAAGCACUCAAUGGCAUGAAGGGCUUCAACAUCACGGAGCCGAAAGUAAACUUAAUGGCCGCGCCUGGAGAACCCAACUUGACAGGGAUGGCACUUAUUCCAAACCCGUCUGUGUUGACAGUCGAGCUUGGAACAGUUAUGAUGCACAUCUCCACAAAGGAGAAGGGUCUCAUCGGCAACAGCACCAUCGAUAACUUCGUAUUGAACCCAGGGCAGAACUUGCUUCCUAUGCACGCUAUAGUUGACACAUCACUCGCGCUCGGCAGUGUGGAUAAGCAGGGCAUGGUUAACAUGAUUAUCGUCGGGCAGACAGCGGUCUACAAUGGCGUCCACUUGCCUUACUACGAAGCAGCACUUCAGAGCCACACCCUAACUCUUGCAGUGAACCUUCAAUCGCUUCUUGGCAGCAUUUAG